AUGCCGUCCAGAAAAAAAACAGCCAUGUUCGCAUCCGCUUUUUUCACCUGCGUUUGCUCUUUCGUGGUGAUUUGCGUCGUGCUGGCGACUCAGCACUGGAUGAGUAGCGAGGUUCGCUUUUCCGACACGAACUCCAACGUCACGGUGAGCCUCACCUACGGCCUUUUCAGCGGUACCUGCGAACAGCUCGUCGAUCCGGGACUGCAGGUUUCCCAGAUGACGUUCCAAGUUGCAGAUAACCUGAACUCCACCGGGGCGAAGAGCACCAUCACCGCGAUCAUUGUGAUUUUGGUUCUCAGUUUGCUGAGCUCCCUGCUGAGUUCUGGGUUCACCUGCACUAAUGCUGUCAGUAAUCCCUACCAGACAUUCUUAGGACCCAUUGGAGUCUACACCUGGAAUUCCUUAUGUGGAAUCUUCACACUUAUAGCCAUGAUACUUUUUCCUGUGAAUAUAGAAGAAAAUGAGCUGUCUGAAAAAUUGGCCCAUGGAUGUUUUUCUUUUCUGACGACACAUACCAAAUCUGAACACAGUUAUGGAUAUUCAUAUUGGAUCAUGCUACUCAUCGUUUUUCUGAACAUUGCUUCUAUCAUCAUCAUAUAUUUCUAUGACCAUGCCAGAUAUUCCAAAAAGAAACAACAGGAAAGACCCAUUGAAAAUGCACCAAAAGAUGUCAUUCUCUUUUAA